AUGACAAUAGGUCGGUUUUUUUGUUUUUAAAAAAAUAUUUUUUAUAUUAUUUUCAUUGUUUUUCAAAUUUUAAUGGGUAAUAUUGUUGUUUAUGGCAAUAUUUUGUUAGCUUUCGAUAAUUUAGGUAUUUUUCGUUGUUUUACUUGUGUUUUUUAGUCAUGAAGACUCCAAAACUUUUGUCGGCGGCCCAGAAACCCGAGAACAAUGAAGUUGCUUCCGAAAAGUCGUUGGAUUCGAAUUCGCUGAUGUCAGAUGAGACUCAGAAUGAAAUUUCGACGAGCAAAUCUAACAGUGAAGUCCCAGAAUCAGCCAGUCUAUUGAAUGAAACCGGUUUGACUGAAUCCUCUGCAAACUCGACGUCUCAAAAGCCGCAUUGCAGCAAUUCGAGCCAUGGAUCUGAAGGCAUAAAGAAGAAAAGAGAGUUUGUUCGCCGGCCAAUUAUAAUCGACGGAUGCAAUGUGAUCGCAAAAGUUUCACGGGCUUGCUACAACGUUCACUCUUCAAAGUAAGUUUUGUUUUUUGAAAAAUUAAUGUUUUUUAUACAAAAAUUUAAUAUCCUUGGUUCAUAAUAUGUUAAAAUUGUUGUUUUUUGAGUAAGUUUUUGUUAAUGUAAGAUUAGGGAUAAGCUAAUAAUAUCAAUAUAAUUGAUUCUUAUUUCAGGGAAAAACCUAACGCACUGACACUGCUUAUGAUGGUUCAUGACCUGAUUGACUACAAAUAUGAAGUCUUCGUUACCAUUAAAGAGUUCUUCAUGGACAAGAUGCGUACUGAUUACUACUUCGUUUUGGAAGUAAGUGUUUCCCUUAUUUUGUUCUGUUUUUAGGUAUCAUUUAUCUAAUAUGUGCAAUUUUGGAUAAAAUUGGAUACUUUUUGAUCAUUUUGGGUAACAAAAAUUGUUUUUGGUAAAGUGAAAAGCUAAUGCCGUAAAAAUUUGUUGAUUACUGGCACGUUAUUUAUUUUUUGUAACAAUUUUUUUGAAUUGCAGGAACUUCAACGUCUGCAGAUGCUUUACGUUCUUCCUGACCGUGUCGACGACGACCUGGUGAUUUUGAACACAGCGCAUGCUUACAGCGGAUCGAUAAUCUCUAACGAUCAAUUUCGGGACAAAGGAAACGAGUACAACAUGGAGAAGGAACAUCGGAUUGAUUUCAACUUUGAAACCGUUCCCUGGAACGGCGAACAAGAGUUGGCUAAAGCGAAGUACAAGUUCGGUAUUCGUUUUAACUAUGGUGACUUCAAAGGUAAAAAUUAUGUAAUUUUGUUAAAAAUUUAGGUUUUUUAUGUUUAUGUAGGUUUUGACAUAAAAACUUGUUUUAUUUUUCUAAUCUUGCAACUUUCAGCUCGGUCGUUGUGUUUCUCCACCAUGCCAGAAUAUCCGAAGGUUAAGAGGAUAUACGAGACAAUUGCUCCUACGUAUUUCACCUCGGUUCGUGAAUCGCUGGAUAUCAUGGCCAGUUAUGUUCAAAUGGAGCAAUGCUACAGUUUCAACGUGCCGUUACCGAUCCCUCAUUAUUUGGAGGGGAACGACGUGCCAGAGUUUCAGGAAUACCAGCAGAAGCGCGCGGGAUACGAAGCGAGAAGGAAGUUUUUAACUAAAUAG